GCAACACAAUCAUCACAUCACAACACAGUCGCACCUGGCACCUCGACAUCAACAUUACUUUACGAUUAUUAAGUCGAAUGAUGACAAGUUAUCUCAAAGAUUCUGUGGACCAAGAAAAAUUACCAUCGUUGUCUAACACGUGGAACGGUCAUGCUGGGGCAACACUUACCCGCAUAUCUGCUGCUAGAUCAACAGAAGACGCUCUGCCUUUUCGGAGUAAUUCCACAAACGUGUUAUCGAAAAUGGACAGCCAUUCCUUCAGGCCCCCAUCUCCUUCACAAACAAGACGAAAUAUGCUUGACUUGCAAGAGCAGCUGAAAUCUUUCAAAGAAGAAAUGGCAAAGAAGGACAAUCUCAUUCAACAAUUGACGAGUGUUGAUGAUGCUGCUCAUGUAUUAAAGUCUCCAAGUAAAUAUUUUGACUCUUAUGUUACUAGUAGUCUUUCACAGAUUGAGCAACAGAAACUUGACCGAACACAUUCAGAACUUGCCAACCUCCAAAUCAAAAAUGAGAAAUUGGCAUCUCAGUUACGGGAUUAUGGAAGCCAUGUGGAUGAAAAGGAUAUGAAAAUUAAAGAAUUACAAAACCAACUGGACAUUAGCAAAACUACAGAAAACAACUUAUUGCAAACAAUUCAGACUCUGAAGCAAUCUUUUCAAGAACUGGAGAAUCGCAGCAAUAAGUUUGAGUCUGUUUCAAACAGAGCAGAAAUUGCUAUAUCAACCUUUCAAAAAGAUAACAGAGAACUCCAAGAUAAGAUUCUGGAUCUUGAAGCAAGACUUCGCAAGCAGCUAGAUGAACGUGAACAAGCUGAAUCUCAGAGUCAGAAUUGGCAGAUGAAGUUCAAUGAUCUUGUAACAAAGACCAACAGCAUCCUUGGAAGCCAGGAUGGUUCUCUGAUAUCUUACGAUAAUUUGGAACCAUUCUAUGCCAAGCUUUCAGAUACUUUUCAAGAGAACGCAAUGCUUCGUGGGAAGUUGAUUACAUUGACUGAAAUGUUGAACAACAGUGAAAUGGAAAGUAAAGCAAGCCGGGAGACUAUCAUGAGACUGGUUUCCGAAGUUGGCCGAGAACAAAAGACGUCUUCUCAUAAUUCCUAUGAACUGAAUUGUCUAAAAAUGGAACGUGAUAAUGCCCUUGAUAUCAAAAAGAAUGCAGAGAGAGAAGUGAGCCAUCUGAAGGAACAAGUGUUGAGUUGUCAAAGAGCUCUGGACAGUUGCCAGAAUGAGUUAAAACUUCGAGAAAACCAAAUGUCAUUGAUGAACCGUGACGUGAGAGAGUCUGGACAGAGCAUGAAGACCACACAAUCUCAACUGUUAUUAUUGAGGGAACAAAUUGCUACAAUCCUCACUGACCACUAUAAUGUUGUACAGGCAACUGAUGAGGACAUCAAACAAAGAUGCCAGCAGCUGAUGUUUAAAAACCAAGAGUAUGGCAAUCAAAUCAAUUUCUGUGAGAAAGAAAUAAAGAAACUUCUGGAUCAAUUAGAAAGCCAACAUGAUCUUCAUCAGACGGCAAUAAAACAGUUAAAACUCACUGAAAUUAAAUGUGCUGAUUUAGAAGAGAAGCUAUAUAAAAAUGAAGAAGAACUGGCUACAGGGGACAUACUUCGUUCAAGUUAUAAAACAAGCAAAGAAAAGUAUAUGAAAUGUCUUGAAGAACUUUCUGAAAUCAUGAAAAUGGAUACAAUAACUAAAGAUACAGGAUUUGAUUUGACCAUCGAUGCUAUCUUGGCACGAGCCGAACAACUGGUGAAGCUAGAAUCCACUGCUUUGGCUGAACGAAGUACUCAAGUUUAUGGUCAACAAAAGAAACUGAAAGCUUUGAAGGAACAACUUACAAGUAAAGAUUUACAUUUGGAUCUCUUGAGAAAGAAGAUUUCAAACCUGGAAGAGCUUUUACAUGGCAGAUCAGAUUUAGAGAAAGAAAGGGAUUCUGAGAGCAUGAGAGUACGAAAAUUGGAAAAAGUCAUUGAAAAAUAUAAAGCACAACUAAAGGAAUCGAUAUCAGAAAAAACUGACUUGAAGGCUCGCCUCUUAGAAUCCAGUGAUUUGAAGGUUCAUUCCUUAGAACAGGAGAAAGAUUUGGAAGAACUUGCUAAAGAGGUGGAAGAACUGAAAAAGAUACGACUAAAACAAGCUCAAAGAAUCUCCUGUCUUGAAGUAAAAUGUAAAUCCCAAGAAGAAGACAAGAAAGAUAAAUGCACAUCAUCUCAGAAUACAAUUCACUCCCUGUCCAGUGAACUUCACACAACCAAGAAUGCAUUAACAGCUAUCACAAACAGAGAGAAACAGUUGUUGGAUUUCCGUAACGUGAUCGGCCGUAUGUUGGGUCUUGACUUGACUACUUUGGCAAUUCCUGACUAUGAAAUUAUUUCCAGACUGGAGAAGUUGAUUCAGUCACAUCACAUGAUUGCCAUGCCACACAUGUCUCUUGCUCAACUGGAAGAUGGAUUCGUCAGUGGUUAUGAAGAAGCUGUACAAAACAGGGAAAAGAGAACGCAAACUGCCGGGGCGUAUGCAAGAAGAUGGAUGGACCAAAGACGGCGACGACCCAGAGCUCGAUCUGUGUCACCAGUUCAAGUGAAAAGAGAUCCACGUUCUUACUAACACACUUCAGACAUUUAACCAAGGCAAUCAUUCGUUACACAGUCUAGACAUUUUUUUUUCUGGUCCAACUUAAUAAUGAUGCCUGUUUUCCUAUUUUUCUCAUCUUGGUUGAGUUACUGACAGCAUUUUCAUUGUUGUUGCCCUCCAACCGUCACCAAGUGAUAUUAAGAUGAUAGUCCUUGGAGUAUCACAUUCAAAUAACAAAUUAGAAAAUAUACCAGUCAAACUAUUGGGUCAGUAACGUAUCUAAGUUGAGGAAAAUAGUUAAAAAAGAACCAAAGAAACAAGUGAAAAAGCAGACAACAUUUAUACAAAUUUUGCAUUCUUAUUACAUGAAUAAUGAAUAAUGACUAAUGUGUGGGUAUAUAUAUGUCAUAGCGUGUAUAAUGUGGUGUUUAUGCUUGGCUAUGUUUUAUGAAUGUUAAAGUCUGAGAGGUUUCACUUAAUUAAAUCACACACACACACACACACACACACACACACACACACACACACACACAUAGACAAAUACAUAUAUAAAUGAUGAGCUUCUUUUGGUUUCUGUCUACUAAAUCUUCUCACAAAGCUUAGGUUAGCCCAGGGCUAUAGAAAAAGACAUUUACUUAAAGUCCCAUGAGGUGAGAUUGAAACCUAAACACGUGGUUGGAAAGCAAACUUCUUACCACGCAGCUACAUAUAUGUAUGUAAGUAUGUAUUUGUGUGUGUGUGUGUAUAUGUAUGUAUGCGUGUGUAGGUAUGUACGAGUGUGUAUGGGUGUGUAUGUAUGUGUGUGUCUGUAUAUAUGUAUGUAUAUGUGCGUGUAUGUAUGUAUGUGUAUGUAUGUCUGUAUAUAUAUAUAUAUAUAUAUGUAUGUAUGUAUGUAUGUGUGUGUGUGUGUGUGUGUGUGUGUGUGUGCGUGUGUGUGUGUGUGUGUGUGUGAAUGUUUUUCCUUGAGUUUUAUUUAAGUUCUUCUUGAGAGAGUUCAAGCCACCCAUAAACAAAGUGACAAGGCUUUUUUGGGAGUUCCCGGUGUUUGUAAAUCUGUGGUUGAGUUGGUUGUGUUGGUUGAACUGUCGAUGUACGCAUUUGGGUGUGCAUCUAUUCACCUAAAGAACCUCAGAAGGAGAAUCUUUAGAAUGUCUUACAGAUCUUCACUGUGCCACUAACAGAUUAUUGAAUUUUGGAGAAUUUGUGUCAGUUUCUUUUGUGUUUCUGUAUGUAUUAUAUUAUAUUAUAUUUAGAAGAAUUGUCUUAAACUAGAAGUUAAAACAUUAUUUACAUUAUUUACAUUUGACAGAUAUUUGUCAUCUUGUUUGUUGUUAACACAACGUUUCGGCUGAUAUACCCUCCAGCCUUCAUCAGGUGUCUUGGGCAUAUGGCAUAGUGAUUAAGAGCACAGGGCUACUAACCCCAAGAUUCUGAGUUCGAUUCCAGGCAGUAACCUGAAUAAUAAUAAUAAUAAUAAUAAUAAUAAUAACAACAACAACAUUGAAUGAGAACCCAGAUUCGAAAUUUCCCCAAGACACCUGAUGAAAGCUGGAAGGUAUAUCAACCGAAACGUUGUGUUAACAACAAACAAGAUGAGGACAAAUAUCUGUCAAAUGUAAAUAAUGUAAAUAAUGUACAUAAUUCCUCAUCUCUUAAAUACAGAACUAGAAGUUAGAAGUUACUCUCAGUAGUUAGGAGUGGGAGGGGGGCCAGUCAAUUAGAUCUACCCCAGUAUGCAACUGGUACUUAAUUUAUCGAUCCCGAAAGGAAGAAAGGCAAACUCAACCUCAGCUGAAUUUGAACUCAGAACGUAACGACAGACGAAAUGCCACUAAGCAUUUCGCCUGGCCUGCUAACGUUUCUGCUGGCUCACCACCUUUAAAAUAUUCUUUUCUACUCUAGGCACAAGGACCGAAGUUAGGAGUGGGAGGGGGGGGGGCAGUCAAUUAGAUCAACCCCAGUAUGCAACUGGUACUUAAUUUACCGAUCCCAAACGGAUGAAAGGCAAAGGUCGACCUUGGCAGAAUUUGAACUCAGGAUGUAGUGACAAAUGAAAUACUGCUUAGCAUUACACCCAGCAUGCUAACAAUUCUGCCUUUGAAAUGUGCCAAAUGUAACCAUACAUCAGUUCUUAAAUAUACUUUAUAUUAUUUAUCUUUUAAUAACUUAAGGAUUUUUAUUGUUUAUCUUUUCUGGUCAUUGUAUUUCAAAACAUUGAUAUUUUGGACUUGGAUUGUCCCAUGCUCAUUCAAGAUGACCGCCUCAGCAUUCUCUCCCCACCAACCAUGGUUUGAUGUGCAGGCCAUGAAUUUGAGCUUGCGAUCACGCUGGUUUGAUGAGCCUAAUCUAUCACACUGGCUCAACACGACUUGGCAGAGAGAUGCUGUUAUUAUACUCAUACCCAUGUUUAUUAAUAAUAAAUAUACAUUCAUUAUUGACAUAAUAUAUUAUUGUAUUAUUGAUAUAAUACAUUUAUCAAAUAUAUAUUCGUUAAUAAUAAAAAAUAUAUCUAGAAUCCAAUUUUUAUACUCAAACCCAGGGGUCGUUAAGUUGCUUACUUCAUUGAUAUUAUUUUCUAUAUAUUAGGUUUCCUAAAUUUUCUGUAAAUUUCACAUUUUUGUAAGAAUACCAAAAGCAGUCUUUAACCUUUAUAGUUAUCAUCUUGAUACCCUUUCACACAUGC